AUGCGGGCGAUCCUAACUCCUCUCACAUUCUAUCUGAUCGCGUGCUCUCUUGGUCUAGGAGCCGCCGCGGAAUCCGUCGCUGCGGUUGCAUACACGCCGAGUGUGCAGGCCUGCCCCCCUCGUACCUCCCUCGUCCGCCAGACCGGUUCCAGUGCGCAGUCGCUUAGUGCGGGCGAAGCUGCAUAUGUAUCGGGACGACAGCAAGUCGCCCUAAAUGCUUGGAAGGGCUACCUCGCAAACGUCCAGGCCUAUCUCAAUACCUCGCAGUCGAAUGCUUCGCUCCCACAAUAUGUCGACGACAUCCUCUCAGGGUUGUUUGGAGUGGGGCCGCAGCCCAGGCUCGGGAUCGCGACGAGCGGCGGCGGAUAUCGAUCGGCCAUCUUCGGCGCCGGGAUCCUGAAUGCGCUCGACGGCCGCAACCAGACGUCCGUUGAGGCGGGUACAGGAGGCGUCCUGCAGGCCGCGACGUACCUGUCAGGCUUGUCCGGCGGGUCCUGGCUCGUGUCCUCGCUUGCACAAGCGGACUUCCCCAUGCUCCCGGAGCUCAUCUUUGGGUCCUCGCCCUCCCAAACGAACGACGGUAACGCGAAGUUCGGCGGGUGGCUCGCGGACAUGGACCUGCUCACCCCAGGGGGUGCGAACAUCAUCCGUGACGCGGAGUACCUUGUGGACAUCGUCGACGAGGUAUCCGGCAAGUUCUCCGCCGGCUUUCCGGUGACGGUGACGGACGUAUGGGCGCGCGCGCUGUCCGGACACUUCGCGAACGGGACGACUGCGGCAAACUUUUUCGACGACAAUCUCCCACAUGGGGCUGGGAUCACCUUCUCGUCGAUCGUUUACGUGUCGUCAUUCGUGAAUCACGAACAACCCUUCCCCAUCGUGGUCGCCGACUCGCUCGUCAGCAGGACAAAUGGCUCGGCUGUGACUGAGGAUGGCGACCUGGUGCCCUUGACAAACCCCAUCUACGAAUUCAACCCAUUCGAGAUGGGGACAUAUGAUCCCCAGUUGGGAGCGUUCACUCCCAUGCGCUUCCUUGGCUCGCCGCCGACGAACAGAAGCACGUGUGUGACUGGGUUUGACCAGCUUGCCUACAUAGCAGGUACCUCUUCGAAUGUGUUCAAUGGACCUAAUGUCACAUCGGCGGUCCUUAGCAUCAUCGACAAGAUCGUCAAUUUUCUCGAGGAGACGUUCACUCAAACGGACGUCCGCCUCGACUCCGCGGCGGUCCCAAAUGCCUUCUUUGGCGUGUCUCCCGCUACGUUUCCCGACUCGGACCAGACAGUGCUAACUCUGGUCGAUGGAGGGGAAGACGGCGAGACGGACCCAUUGCAGCCACUGCUCGUUCUGGCCCGUGGUGUCGACACGAUUAUCGCCAUUGAUGCGCCUGCGGACACCUCAGACAACUUCGCUGCAGGCCUCGACCUCAUCUCGACGCAAGCGCGAGUCCAGCUCUUCCCAGGAACGUACUUCUUCCCGCCCGUGCCGAACACCACGGACGUCUACCUCUCCCAAAAUCUAACGCGUCGCCCGACGUUCUUCGGAUGCAACAGCUCUGCGGCAAGCGACGAGCCUUUCGUCAUAUACAUCGCGAACGGCGGACCGCCCCUCGGGCAAGCCCCGGUGACCAACACGCCCACGUUCCAGCUGGAGUACUCGAACGGCGAACUCGGGGCGAUGUUGGACCAGACGUUC